CUUGCGCUGCCCUCCCGUUCUCCUUUUCUUUCCACCCCGAACCUCCUUUCUACUCUCCCUGUUACCUCUUCUACUCCAAGCACAACAUGUCCAGGGCUCAGUUCUUGAGGGAGUACAAGCUCGUCGUUGUUGGCGGUGGUGGCGUCGGCAAGUCCGCGCUCACCAUCCAGUUCAUCCAGAGCCAUUUCGUGGACGAGUACGACCCCACAAUUGAAGAUUCGUAUCGCAAGCAGUGCGUUAUCGAUGACGAGGUUGCGCUCCUCGACGUCCUGGACACGGCUGGCCAGGAGGAGUACGGAGCCAUGCGGGAGCAGUACAUGAGGACGGGCGAAGGUUUCCUCCUCGUUUACUCGAUCACGUCGCGGAACUCGUUCGAGGAAAUCAGCACCUUCCACCAACAGAUCCUUCGGGUGAAGGACAAGGACUACUUCCCGGUCAUCGUCGUCGCGAACAAGUGCGAUCUCGAGUACGAGCGCCAGGUCGGCAUGAACGAGGGCCGUGACCUCGCGAAGCACUUCGGCUGCAAGUUCAUCGAAACCUCUGCCAAGCAGAGGAUCAACGUGGAUGAGGCAUUCUCUAACCUCGUUCGGGAGAUCCGGAAAUACAACAAGGAAAUGCAGCAAACGGGCCGCCCGCCGGCGAACACUGGCAAUGCGCCUGGCGGCAUGUUCAACCCCGGCGACAAGAACGACGAUGCAGGAGCUGGAUGCUGCGGUGGAUGCGUUGUCGUCUGAACCUUGCCGUUAUUCCCCUUCCGCCUUCUUUCACCUAUCGUUUUCGCGUUUCCCUCCCACUCCCAGCCCCUAACCCCUUUACGUUCUGACAUUCGCUAUCGUUCACCCCAUGUACAUUGUAUGUUUCGGAUUCUCGUCCCUCUUGUUUACUGCUAUAUGGGUUCAUGGUGCGGAGUUCGACCCUCGGGCGCAGGUCCCAGGGUCCUUAACGGAGUCGGUGGAGGUUGUCACCAUAGGAUUUAUACUAGACAAAGCACAACAUGCAACACAGUCAUGACCGGAGCCCGUAAUCUCACAAUGGUCACAUAAGACUGGUU